UAGAUCAGCAUAGACAAGUUGGACGGAAGGGUCCCUUUCCGUGCUGUACAAUUCUAUGUCUCUAUUUAAACCUAAUGGCUGCAAUAUUUAACAGACAGGAUAUUUGAAUCCAACAAUCUAACGGGUGAAAUGUUGAAGUUUAACGGGUGGGAUAUUUGAAUUUUAAACAGUGGGAUAUCCAAAUCUAAUGACUAGGAUAUUUGAUUCGAAUGGACGGGAUAUUAAAUGUUAAAGAGGAUGAGCAGUUGAAUCAAAUGAACGUCCACUUGAACCUAACGGUCUUUGAUUUCAUUCGGGAGCUCCUUACGUCCAACCUCUACGCAUACACCUCCCGAGGGAGUGGUGCGCAGGCGCAGCCCGGAGUCGUUUGCCAGUGCAGUGUGUCAGGCGGAGUCGGUGCCGCUGGGUGAUGGGUAAUCUUUAACGGUAUUCGUUCUGUCGGGUGGGGAACAUCUGCUUUUCAAAACAGCACGCUUCCUGGACUGUGAAAUUGAGGCAUUUUGGUGUUUUUGAAAGGUGCUAUAUAAAUGAAAGUUUUGGCACCAGAGAGAUCGAUUUCAUCUUGUGAUUGGAAGCAUGUUGGAAGGCUUAGAUACCCAGCGAGCUUUGCUGGCUGUGGAACGGUUACAGGCAAAGCUACGAGAAAAAGGAGAUACUGCAAAUGAGGAGAGACUGAGUUUAUUGACGUCCGUGCUACAGAGCCCACUUUUCAACCAAAUCCUGAACCUGCAGAACUCUGUUCAACAUUUGAAAGAUCAGGUGAACAUUGUGCCGCCUGCCAUACCUUCAGGCAUUGAUCUUUCUCAGGCUGUUGGCUCUCCUGUUACUUCUAUUUCAUCUCCACUAAAUGAAUCGUACGUGAUAGCUCAGCAGAAUGGGAGUAAAGAAAUUGAACAUGAAACCUCAGCACAGUCCAAUGAAGAAUUUGAGCAGAGUUUGAGAAAAAUGGCCCAUGGUCGUUCCAUUGAAAAGGUAAAUUUGAUGAAACCUGCCUGCGAUGGUUUGGGGUUCAGUGUUGUUGGACUUGAGAGUGAAAAUAAGGGAGAACUGGGGAUCUUUGUCCAAGAAGUCCAAGAAGGCAAUAUGUCAGUAAGAGAUGGCAAACUAAAGGAAUCAGACCAAAUCCUAGCUAUCAACAGACAGGUCCUAGACCAGACUGUCACCCAUCAACAAGCUAUUGACCUCCUGCAGAAAGCCACUGAACAGAUUCAGUUAGUGGUUGCUAGAGGAUCUGUUCCAUGUUUGACCAGUCCAGGAGCUUCACGUACACCAUCGGAUGCAAGUACACUCUCUGCCCAUUCUUCUACUGUCCACUGGCAGACUGUUGAAGCAAUUGAGCUAGUAAAUGAUGGUUGUGGUUUGGGAUUUGGAAUAGUAGGUGGAAGAACAACUGGUGUAAUUGUGAAGACUAUUUUACCUGGAGGAGUUGCUGACCUGGAUGGACGCCUUCAAAGUGGUGACCACAUUCUAAAGAUAGGUGACACGGAUCUACUUGGAAUGGGUAGUGAGCAAGUGGCUCAGGUGCUGAGGCAAUGUGGAAAUCGAGUGAAAUUGGUAAUAGCUAGAGGAGCUGCAGAAGACUCUUUGCCUGCUGCCCCUCAAGGACUUCCUGCUUUACCAUCUGUACCUCCUGUAGCGGAAGAGCCUGAACCAGUCUGUUGUCAGAGUGUUGAUGGUGAAAUAUUCGAUGUGAAACUUACAAAAGAUGUUCAUGGACUCGGCAUAACCAUUGCUGGCUAUGUUGGUGACAAAAAUCUAGAGCCUUCUGGUAUCUUUGUGAAAAGCAUAACUCGAGGAAGUGCGGUUGAACAGGAUGGAAGAAUACAUAUUGGUGACCAGAUAAUAGCUGUGGACGGAACAAAUAUUCAAAGUUUCACUAAUCAACAAGCCGUGGAAAUGUUGCGUCACACUGGCCAAACUGUGUGUCUUAUUUUAAUGAGGAAGGUACACGAAGCAGGAACUUUGACACAGCCUGACUGCAAAGAUGAAGUAAAAUCUGAGAAGUGUAGAGAUGUCCUCACAAUGGAUAAUAAACAUGCUUCAGACUCAUCAGCUUUGGUGAAUAGGAAUUCAAAUACUUCACCUGUUGCGGAGCAAGGAAUUGAAGCUGAAAGUGACACUGGGUUCACAGCAGGCUUUCAGCUAAACUCGUCAGAAGAGGAAAGACUUUGUGUUAAAUGGCAGGAGAUUCUUGGAGCUAACUCUGAAAUUGUGGUGACUCAAGUAACGAAGUUCAGUGAAAGUAGUGGCCUUGGUAUAAGUUUGGAAGCUGCCGUUGGGCAUCAUUAUGUACGUUCCAUUCUCCCGGAGGGACCUGUGGGAUGUAAUGGGAAACUCUAUAGUGGAGAUGAGCUAUUAGAGGUGAAUGGAAUACCACUCCUUGGUCAGAGCCACAAGGAUGUUGUCAGUAUACUAAAAGACUUGCCUGUUAGUGUCACCAUGGUCUGUUGCCGCCCAAUCCUGAAGCCCAAGCACGAAACUGAUGUAGAUCAUAUGGUUUCUGCAGAAGAGCCCAUUCAGUCAAUGGAGGAGCCAUUGGAAUUUCUUCCUUCAUCGGCGCCUGUAGCUUGGAUUGAGGAUCAAGCAGAAUCAAUUCUUGCCCAUGGAUUUUUACAGAGACAUGUCAAUCCAAAUGAGAUGAAUGCAACAUCUGAUGUAGAUGAUGCAGUUGUGGGUGAAAUAGAAAGAAGACAGAGUGGUGUGGAGGCACAAAACUCUCUGGCAAUGUGGGAGUCUGAAAUCCAAAACAUAGAACUGGAGAAAGGUAGCUCAGGACUUGGGUUCAGCAUUCUGGAUUAUCAGGAUCCAGCUGACGCAAUGCGAACAGUUAUUGUAAUUCGAUCAUUAGUGCCCAGUGGAGUGGCAGAACAAGAUGGUCGACUUCUUCCAGGAGACCGACUCAUGUUUGUCAACAACAUCAACUUGGAGAAUGCUACUCUUGAGGAAGCAGUUCAGGCACUGAAAGGUGCAUCAGGAGGCAAAGUUAGAAUUGGUGUAGCCAAACCUUUGCCACAGUUUUCUCCAGAGGAGGGAGAUUUGCCUACUAAUGAGGAAGCUUUACUGUACUUGAAUCAGCCUUGUGAUGGUGGUGAGGAGGAGGCAUCAGCCGAUGCUGUUUUUCAUGCAGAAUUAGCACUGGUAGAAUCAACCGAAACAGGUUUUGCCAUUGGAAAAACAUUUGAGAGGGAUUUAUCGUUUGAAGAAGAGGAUGACCAUCAAUCUUCUACUGUUGCCAUGCAUGGCAGUGCUUGUAGUUCAGACCUGACUGUUAACCUCUCAAUUCCCUCACUGAGUUAUGAGGAUGCACACGAAAAUUCCUUGGAUACUUGCAACAUGUCCUCCACUGAAGAGAGUGAUGAGAAACAGAUGUCCUUAGCCAGAGGAUUUGAGAAAACCAUUACCAUUGCAAAAGGCAAUGCUAGCCUCGGAAUGACUGUGAGUGCCAGUAAGGAUGGCUCAGGAAUGAUAGUGCGUAAUAUUAUUCAUGGUGGAUCCAUCAGUCGUGAUGGCCGAAUUGGGGUAGGUGACUCCAUCUUAGCAAUCAAUGGGGAACCAACUACAGACCUCACCAAUGCUGAGUCUCGUGCAAUGCUUCGAAGAUACUCUUUAAUUGGACCAGACAUAACAUCUCCAUGUGCACCUGGUGAUGACCCUUUUUAUGUUGUCACAUAUGUGCCUGCAGAGAACUUGGAAAAGUAUAGGAUGAUCAUGAAUAGACAGCUUGAAGGAAUCACCACAACUAAUGCAUCAUCACUGCUCUCUGCCAGCACUGAGUUGCCAGAGCGGGAGGAAGGUGAGGGAGAAGAGAGUGACCUGCCAAAUUCAUCCUACAACAACUGGAGACAAGCUCGGCAAGUUGAGUUAUGGCGAGAACCUGCAAAAUCCUUGGGAAUCAGUAUUGUUGGUGGAAGAGGAAUGGGAAGUCGACUAAGUACUGGAGAGGUUAUGAGAGGAAUAUUCAUCAAACACGUCCUGGAGGACAGUCCAGCUGGAAGAAACGGAACGUUAAAAACUGGGGACAGAAUUGUUGAGGUAGAUGGAGUUGACUUACGAGAUGCCAGUCAUGAAGAGGCAGUUGAAGCUAUUCGAAAAGCAGGCAAUCCUGUAGUGUUUUUAGUCCAGAGUUUAAUAACCAGGUCUCGGCCAGAGUCUCAAUGUAAUCCUUCAUCAACAUUUGUUCUUAGUGGGCAGAAAUGUUCCUCUACUAACCCAUUCUCCUUUGAUCCAUCUAAGAAACAACCUUUGUCUUUCCUGCAAUCUAACCCCUUGCCUGAAUCGAGCAGUGGCAGCAGCAGUACUAACCCAUUUGCUGACUCUUUUCAGACGAGCAAUAGCCAGACUUCUACAGCUUCAAAUGAUGAGAAGGCCUUCUGUCAAGCCCAUUAUUCUAUGACCAAAAAUCCAUUUUCUGAAAAUAAAUUCAAGGUUUCUGCAUCUCGAGCUAGGACUUUUCUGCGCCCUUUCCCAACUAACCCAUUUGCAAUCAAUCCAUUUAAGACCUCCAGCCAACCAGAUAUAGAGACUGAAAUUAUGUCAGCACUCUCCGAUCCACAGCUAUUGCCACCCGAACCUGUUGAACAAGACGAGACGAGCACUAUCGUGGCAUCACGAGGGAACAUGAGCAAUAAAUCAGAAGAUGGUUUGGAGGAAGUUGAUGAAUUUGGUUACAGUUGGAAAAAGAUCAGACAACGGUAUGGAAGCUUGAUGGGAGAGCUGCAUAUGAUUGAACUGGAGAAGGGAAAAAGUGGGCUAGGUCUGAGCCUUGCUGGAAACAAGGACCGAUCCAGAAUGAGUGUUUUUGUAGUUGGCAUUGAUGCAAAUGGAGCAGCUGGUAAAGAUGGCAGGAUAAAGAUCGCAGAUGAGUUGCUAGAGAUAAAUGGGCAAUUAUUAUAUGGUCGUAGUCACCAAAAUGCUUCAUCAAUAAUCAAAAGUGCACCACCAAAAGUAAAGAUUAUUUUUAUCAGAAGCACAGAUGCAAUCAAUCAAAUGGCAGUCAGCCCUGCAAAAUUAGCUGAUAUAAUCACAGCUACUUCAGGAGCCCACCAUGAGAAAGAGCCAAGUACAUCAUUAUCCCAAACUGAAAAGGAUCUGACUUUGUUUAAAAAUGCUCAACAUAUUCUACUUGCUAAGGAUCAAGGUGGACUUGGAAUUGCAAUUAGUGAAGAGAGUACACAUGAUGGUGUGGUUAUUAAGAGCUUAACAGAAAAUGGUACUGCUUCAAAAGAUGGAAGGAUUAAGGUUGGGGAUCGUAUCUUGUCCGUGGAUGAUGAACGCGUUGUAGGCUAUCCUGUUGAAAAGGUUAUAAGUUUGCUGAAAAAAGCAAAGAAUACUGUAAAACUAACCAUCAGUUUGGAUGAAGUGAAUGUACAGACAUCACCCGUUUCCACUGCUCCAUUCGAGUCUAAAAGCAUUCAGCCUCCUUCAGUACAGAAUAUUGCUGAAUCAGCUGAUACAGAUUGCAACAAUAAGGGAUCAAGCAGAGCUUCAUCUCCUGGUUCUUCAUCUUUCGAUAUAUCCUCUUGCCCAAUUGUCCCUGGACGAGAAACAACAAUUGAAAUUUCAAAAGGAUGUACUGGACUUGGGCUGAGUAUUGUUGGAGGAGCAGAUACGUUAUUGGGUACCAUAAUUAUUCACGAAGUCUAUGAAGAAGGAGCUGCAGCCAAAGAUGGCAGAUUGUGGGCUGGAGAUCAGAUAUUGGAGGUUAAUGGAAUUGAUUUGAGAGUUGCCACUCAUGACGAAGCAAUAAAUGUUCUGAGACAAAUUCCUCAAAAAGUACGUCUGACAGUCUACAGGGAUGAAGGCCAUUAUAAGGAGGAAGAUAUGUAUGAUUUGCUGAUUGUUGAAUUGCACAAGAAACUAGGGAAAGGUCUUGGACUCAGUAUUGUUGGAAAAAGAAAUGAUACUGGGGUCUUUGUGUCAGACAUUGUGAAAGGAGGAAUAGUAGAUCUGGAUGGAAGUCUUCUGCAAGGGGACCAAAUACUGUCUGUGAAUGGGGACGAUGUUCGAAGCGCAACUCAGGAGACCGUUGCUGCUAUGCUGAAGAGUGCUCAAGGCACAGUGAGAUUAGAGGUUGGCAGGUUAAAGACUGGAUCAUUUUCAUCUGAUAGAAGAGGUUCCCAAAGUAGCCAGGUCAGUGAAGGAGGUAGUGGUGGUGGGCUGACCACAUUCUAUUCUGCUGCAUCUGGAUCUACCCAAGCUGAUCUCCAUGAAACUGGAUACAGAAAACCUGCCUGGACUGAGAUCCAAGGGCUAAGAACAGUGGAGUUUAAUAAGGGGCCUGUUGAUUCGCUGGGAAUCAGCAUUGCAGGAGGCGUAGGUAGUCCUCUUGGAGAUGUCCCCAUUUUUAUUGCAAUGAUGCAGCCAAAUGGAGUAGCAGCCCAGACCCAGAAACUGCGGAUUGGGGACAGAAUUUUAAGUAUUUGUGGAAAACCUACAGAAGCCUUGACUCACUCCCAGGCUGUAAGCAUGCUGAAGAAUGCUACAGGUCAUAUUGAAUUACAGGUGGUUGCAGGUGGUGAUGUUAGUGUGAUAACUAAUCAGCAACAGGAGCACACUACGACUACACUUUCUGUCUCAGGAUUGACAGCAAGCUGCAUUUUUCAUGAUGACCUAGGGCCUCCACAAUAUAAAACGAUUACUUUGGACAGAGGUGCUGAUGGACUGGGCUUUAGUAUUGUUGGUGGAUAUGGCAGUCCACAUGGAGAUCUUCCUAUUUAUGUGAAGACAGUAUUUGUGAAGGGGGCAGCUGCUGAAGAUGGACGACUGAAACGUGGAGAUCAAAUAAUUGCUGUCAAUGGACAAAGCCUUGAGGGUGUGACACAUGAAGAAGCUGUUGGUAUCCUGAAGCGCACAAAGGGGACUGUUACAUUAAUGGUACUUUCCUAAUGUAUGUUGUUCUAGAUGAAAACACUAAAGCUUAAUUGGACAUUUAUGAUGAGAACUGAAAUGCAUUUAUGCAUACAUACAAACAUGUAAGAAAUGUAAACACAUUAACAGACUGCCAUAGUAUUUCCACACACCAUGUUCAGGAUCUGAAUUAUAGAAGCUUUUGAUUGGUCACAGCAUAGUCUAUAGUACUUAUUUUCAGAUGCAACGUUAUUUUAACUUCAUUUUCAAAUUUUAUAUACUUGCCCAUUUUAGGCCUGUAAAUAGUUCCAGAAUUACUGUGUAACUUCUAUUAUUUUCUGCUUUUAAAUAGUCACCAAACAUUUUCCAGUUGAACAGCUGAUUGGUGGUUUAAUAAAGUUUUAUUACUUUUAUUGUUUUAUUGAAGUUAAUCAAUGUUACAUGUCACAAAUUAACUGCUUUAGAUUUUUACAUUUUGAAACUCGUUGACAGUGUUUUUCUGUGAAAAUCCAUGUUAUCUUGGAAUAGAUGAAUAUGGUGCAAAUUUACUGCUUAAAAAUUGUUUGAUAAGUGUUUCCUGAAUAGAGUUCUUAAAUCACACAUCCAUCAUUCUGCAUUACUGUUAUCAAACAAAUGCAGCAGUAGAAGUAAUGCUCUUGAAUUAUCAAAAACAGAUGACAUGAUGGUAGGAUUGCAUGCAAAGUUAAACUGACUCAGCCAUGGUUACCUUAGUCUAGAUUAGAGUGGUGCUGGAAAAGCACCGCAGGUCAGGCAACAUGCGAGGAGCAGAAAAAUCGACGUU